GGUAAGGAAAAAAAUAAAAUAAAUAUAUAAAUUUUAUUUAUAUUUACUUUAUUAUUAGGUAGAAGAAGGCCAAGAGUGGGUUUAUCCUAUAUAAUGGCUAUAAGCUGAUAAUAAUUCCUUAGCUUCUAUCCAGAUGGUGAAGCUGAAGUUGUCGUAAGUAAUUCUAAAUAUAAUCUUAUCAAUUAAACAGUCAAUAGGAAGAAGAUAUCGUCACUUCCGGUGAAGUUAUGAAUGGUGCUACGAAAGCUACAGAACCAAAUAAGGAGAGAGUUACAACACCAUAUAUGACAAAGUAUGAGAGAGCAAGAAUAUUAGGUACAAGGGCAUUACAAAUUUCAAUGAACGCGCCUGUUCUAGUACCUAUAGAAGUUGGAGAAUCAGAUCCAUUGCAGAUCGCUAUCAAAGAGUUGAGCUCUAAUAAAGUACCAUUAAUUGUUAGAAGAUACUUACCCGAUGGGUCAUUCGAGGAUUGGAAGUGUCAGGAGUUAAUAACUGAAUAAGUCAUUUAAGAAAUCCUUAUAGUUAAAGUUAUUAUUCUUGGUCGUGUAUUUAUUAAUUGAUAUUUUAGAAACGUCUAUAAAUUCAUUUAAACUCUUGAUAUCAAUUGUACCAUUCUGUUCAAUAUCAAAACUAUCAAACGCGUCUAAUAGUUCUUGCUUUUUAUCAAAUAGCUCAAACUUAUUGUUGAAGUUUGAUAUAAAAGUUGAUUGGUUUAUUUCUUCCUUAUCAUUCAACAAUUGUUUCAGUAAAUUAUCAUUAUAUUCAACACCAAUCUCUGAUAGUGUAUCCUUUAUAUCACUCUCAUUUAACUUUCCGUCAUUAUUCUUAUCAAUUAAUCUAAACGUCUCCCUAAAUGAUUGUAUUUG